GAAGAAUACACGAGUAUGGACAACUUUCGAGGGAUAGUAGUGGAAGGAAAUAGGGAUGAUGUUCUAGCUAUAAGUGCAGCUGAAGGUGAAGAUUUUCACGGGUCAGUAGUGCAAGGAAAUUGGGAUGAUGUUAUUCAUAUGUGUGAGAAUAAGGGUAUGCUUUGCAAGAUAAUGAUCAACGCAAGCAGAGGCACUGCACUCCACGUGGCAGUGAGUGAAGGCAACGAAGUUGUUGUUAAUCGUCUUGUGGAAUCAAUGAUAAACCACAACAUGGUGGAGGCUUUGGAAUUGAAAGAUGAGAAAGGUGACACUCCUUUGCACCUUGCAGCAUCAAGGGGACUCAAGCAUAUAUGUGAGUGCAUCAUAGGGCCAAAUUAUGAAAGGAAGUAUUUGAUUACCAUUCAUAACGAGGAGGGUGAGACUCCAUUGUUUCAGGCUGCACUCUCAUGGCAAAAACAAGCUUUUAUGUACCUUAGUUCCCUCAUGCCCGAUGAUGAAAACUAUUCAGUUCUUAUUCGGAGGAAUGGGGAUAGCAUCCUUCAUGUAGCCAUUCGGAGAGAGUUUUUUGAUUUGGCACUAAUAAUAAUGCAUAAGUAUCCUAAACUUUUCAACACUCAUAAUAAGGAGGGAUUCAGUCCUCUCAAAAUCCUUGCCAGUAGGCCCUCGGCCUUCAAAAGUGGAAUCAAUCUCAAGUGGUGGGAGGCACUCUUGUACCAUUGUGUAUCUGCAGAAUCUCUAGACGUUGAAAAAGCAAAGGAAUCGUACAUGAAAGAUGAACCUGCAGAACACAACAAACAUUUUGGAAUAAGAUUCGCAUCAAGGAAAACAAAAAAGAAGAAACAGUUACCAGAGAACUACGACACAUGUCGUCGGCUCUAUUGUGCAUUUCGACUUUUUGUUCUCGUGCCCAUAUUUCUCAUCGAUAUUAUAGGAUUUGCAUUAUUAAGAAAAAAGAGAAAACAAGAAGAUCCAGAGGAACAUCAAAUGCGAGAAGAUUCAAGUAGUGAUCAUGAGGUUGUUCCACAAAAUUAUGUAACUUGUCUUCAGUUUUUGAAGCUUGCAUACAUAAAUAUUAUUGGCAUUACAGGACCAGGGGUUGGAGACAUUGGGAAGAUGAAGCAAAAGCACAUAUGGAGUGCUCAACUCUUGAGGGCAUUUAUGGAAAAACCCUAUCUGUCAUAUACGGGAGGUCCACCACCAUUGAACGAGGGUGUUCAAACAGAUUACAGAAAAGUAAGUGUUGACAGCAAGGAGACAGUGAUUUUGGUUGCUGCAAGAAAUGGCAUAGUUGAAAUGGUGAAUGAGAUUAUAUCUAAAAUACCAAGUGCCAUACAUGAAACUAACUCAGAAAAGAAAAACGUGUUGCUUGUAGCAGUGGAGAACAGGCAAACCCUUAUUGUUGAGGCAUUAAAAAAUUGGUUUGAACAGGAGAAAAAAGAGUUAAUCUUUUACAACCUAAAAUUAGGUGUGGAUGACCAAGAGAACACUGUGUUACACUUGGCAGCAACACUACCUAAUAAGGGUUGGAUGAUAUCUGGCCUUGCCUUGCAAAUGAUGUGGCAUAUCAAAUGGUUUCAGUAUAUAAAAGACCUAGUGCCGGAGCAUUUCACUGUUAGAACCAAUAAAGACGGGAAAACGGCAAGGCAAAUCUUUAAAGAAUCACAUAAUUGCCUCGUCAAAGAUGCUAAUGAAUGGCUCAAGGGCACAUCAGAAUCUUGCUCAGUUGUGGCAGUUUUGCUUGCUGGUGUUUCCUUUGCCACAUCCACCAGUGUCCCUGGUAGUUUUGACAGUGACACUGGUGAACCUCUGUUAGAAACCAAUAACGCAUUCGAGUCAUUUGCAAUGUGUUCAUUAGUUGGCCUAAGCUUCUCCGUCACCGCUCUCGUAUUGUUCCUCUCUAUACUCACUUCUCGAAAAGAACUCAAAGAUUUUCGAAGAAGUUUGCCACUGAAAGUGCUUUUGGGCUUAAGCUCUCUUUUCAUAUCGACUGCUGCGUUGUUUGCUACUUUCUGCUCCGCCCAUUUCUUCAUUGUUGAUGAAAAAUACAAGCAAGUCUUAAUCGUUAUUUAUGCAGUCACUUGCUUGCCCGUGGGUCUCUACGCAAUAGCACAAUUUCCAUUAUUUAUUGAUCUUGUGAGGGCCAUUGCAACUAAAGUGCCACAGGCAAGUGAUAACGAGAACGAUAUAUAGGGGUGCUUCUUUUUUAUAUGUUUCAUGUGGUUUGUUCAAGUAAUAAUAAUAACGAAUUUUGUAUACCUAUAUUUGGAGCAUUAUAUGGUGUUGGAUUGUGGUUAUUAAUUUAAGAGACUUUAUAUGAUCAUGAUGACUUAUGUCAACUGUUAAAUUCAUAGA